AUGGCCGUGCCUACGCGCGCACUGCUUCUUGCCGCUGCCUUGGCCCUUCUCGCUUGGCUCUACAGGACGCACGACUUUCCUCCGCCUUCUGUUCCCCUCUGGCGCAGCGCCAACCAGACGCCUGCCAUGACCGUCCCCAUUCCCGCCAUCGACUUCCCUCCCCCUCCGCCUAUCCCCACCGCCACUGGCAAGGUUGACCUCAAGCUCCCGCCUACCGAAGACCGCGAGCACCGCUACUUUACCCUCCCCAAUGGUCUCGAGGUCAUCAUCGUGUCCGACCCCAAGUCGGACAAGGCUGCAGCCUCCAUGGAUGUCGGCGUCGGGCACCUCUCAGAUCCCGUAGACCUUCCUGGCUGUGCUCACUUCUGCGAGCACCUCAUGUUCAUGGGAACCAAGACAUUCCCGGCCGAAAACGAGUACUCGUCGUUCCUGUCCGCCCACAACGGCCAGAGCAACGCGUGGACAGCCAUGUGCAACACUAACUACUACUUUGACGUUUCACCCGACGCGCUCGAGGGUGCGCUCGAUCGCUUCUCAGGCUUCUUCAGCGAGCCAUUGUUCUCUGAAGACUGCACAGAACGCGAGAUCAAGGCCGUCAACUCGGAGCACCAGAAGAACCUUCAGCACGACCGCUGGCGCUCGUUCCAGCUCGAGAAGUCGCUGUCCAAGCCGGGACACGUCUACGGCAAGUUCGGCACUGGUGACUUCAAGACCUUGUGGGAGCAGCCCCGCGCAGCCGGUCGCGACCCGCGUCAGCAGCUCAUAGAGUGGUGGGAGAAGGAGUACUGCGCCCGCCGCAUGAAGCUCGCCGUCGCUGGUCGCGAGGACCUCGAUACACUGGAAAAAAUGGUGCGCGAGCGCUUCAACCGUGUUCCCGUUCGCACUGAGGGAGCGCCACCGACCGGACCCAACGGCGUGCGCGUGACCUUUGAGGACCACCCGUACGGGCCUGAGCAGCGUGGUGUUGUGACCUUCGCCAAGGCGGUGCGCGAUGUCCGUAUGCUUGAGAUUGUAGUUCCUGUACCCGACCUCAGCCAUCUCGCGGGCCUCAAGCCUCUCAACUUUAUCGGCCACUUUGUUGGCCAUGAGGGUCGAGGAUCGCUGCUGUCGUACCUCAAGAAGCAGGGCUGGUGCAAUCAGCUUUCUGCCGGUUCCUCGCACGACGGCAACGGCUUCAGCUUCUUCAAGGUCAUGAUGCAGCUGACUCCGCAGGGCCUGGAGUCGUGGCGUGACGUCGUUCUCGCGGUCUACAAGUACUUCGAGCUCCUGCGCUCAUCACCUCCUUCGGAGACCGCAUUCAAGGAGAUUAGCCAGCUUGCUGAGAUCUCCUACAAGUACGCUGACCGCGGAGAGACCAGGGACUACGUCACCACGCUCUCGGGUUGGAUGCAGCACCCCGUUAAGCGUGAGGACAUUGUCAGCUCGAACUGGCUUCUCGGCGAGUGGAACGAGGAAUUGAUGGUCAAGACAUUCCAGCUCCUGGAUCCACGCCAGUGCACUGUAGGCGUACUCAGCCAGCAGCUGCCGAAAGACGUUACUGCUACCUACGACUCAAAGGAGGUCGUUUACGGCACGGAAUACCACAGCGAGCGUUUCACAGAAGAAUUCCUCGCUGAGGCCACUACUGGCAAGCCCAACCCAGCCCUUCACCUUCCCGGGCCCAAUGCCUUUAUCCCCGAGAACCUACACGUAGAGAAACGGGGGGAUGUGAAGCAGCCUGCUCUCCGCCCUGAGCUGCUGCGCGACAACGAGACCUCCCGCCUCUGGUACAAGCGGGACGACCGUUUCUGGCUGCCAAAGACCAACGUGCACAUGGAGCUCCACAACCCGCUGAUGGAGGCCACUCCUCGCACGGCUGUUCUUACGCGCUUGCUCUGCGACGCGUUCACGGACUCAAUCACAGAGGACAUUUACGACCCCAUGUUGGCUGAGCUCUCGUUCCACCUUUGGUACUCUGGCGACACGAUCAGCCUCCUCGUCGGCGGCUUCAGCGACAAACUCCCUCUCCUCACCGAGACCAUGAUGACGAAGCUCAGGAACUUCAAGGUCGACCCAGACCGCUUUGACAAGAUUGUCUACCAGGCCAAGAUGCAGUGGUCCAACUUCCCUCUAGCCGAGCCGUAUCAGGUCGCUCACUACUGGUCGAGCUACGUGACCAUGGAACGCACUUGGUCCCCCGACGAGAAGCUGAAGGAGCUUGACCACAUCACGCCCGAGGACGUUCAGGCGUUCAGCCGCGAGCUUUUCCAGAAAAUGUACAUGGAGACUCUUGUCCACGGCAAUCUCGGCGUCGAGGACGCCAAGCGCCUGCAGGACACACUUGAACACAUUAUUUCUGCUCGUGCCCUCUCGCCGGGCGAGCACACUAGUCGCCGCACGCUUCUCCUCCCGGAGAGCUCCAAGAGCGUCUGGGAGCUGCCCGUCAAGAACCCCGCAGAGCCUAACAGCUGUGUUGUCUACUGGAUGUACACGGGCGAGGUCACGGACCCCGCGGCGCGCGCGCGCCUCGCUUUGCUCGGCCAGAUAGUCCAUGAGCCGGCCUUCAACCAGCUCCGUACAAAGGAGCAGCUUGGUUAUGUCGCCAUGGCGCAGGCGACUCGAUCUGGUCUUCGGGUCCUUGUCCAGUCAGAGCGCGACCCUGUCUACGUGGAGACACGAAUUGAGUCGUUCCUCACUGGUCUCAAGGACAUCAUCGAAAAGAUGAGCGACGAGGAGUUUGACCGCCAGCGCCAGGCGCUCAUCGACAAGAAGGAAGAGCAGCCCAAGAACCUGGCCGAGGAGAGCCGCAGGUUCUGGUCGCGCAUUAGCGACAAGUACUACGAGUUCGGGAAACGCGCGACCGACAUUGCUUUCCUGCGCAAGACGACGAAGCAGGAGGUUCUCGACCUGUACCUGUCUGCAAUCGACCCCGCCUCGUCUGCGCGCCGAAAACUUUCCGUCCACCUCCGCAGCCAGGUCAAGCCUGGCUCGAAGGCCAGCCUCAACCCUGACGCCGUGCUUGUUCUCCUCAACGCGUUCCAAAAUCACGGCGUGCCGGUCGACCAGGCUGCGGUGGGCGCGCUCAUGGAGUCCAAGCCUGCGCCCGAGCAGCUACAGGCCCUGGCGACGAAGGCCGUCGCCGCGGCUUCGGUCUCGGAGGAAGCCAAGGCCGAGCUUGACGGUCUGAUCGCCGCCCUCACCGCCAAGCCCAGCGGCGACAACAGCGCGAACGGGGCCGAGGAGCCUGAGCCUCAGCUUGCACCUGGAAACAUCUACAUCGAUGAUAUCCACAGGUUCAGGGCGCAGCUCAUCCCCAGCAAGGCUGCCGUGCCCCUGGAGCCGCUUAUUGUGUCCAAGCUCUAG